AUGGUAUUCUUCACUGGCAUUGUUCCUGUAUAUGGCGAUGGUAUUCUUCACUGGCAUUGUUCCUGUAUAUGGCGAUGGUAUUCUUCACUGGCAUUGUUCCUGUAUAUGGCGAUGGUAUUCUUCACUGGCAUUGUUCCUGUAUACGGCGAUGGUAUUCUUCACUGGCAUUGUUCCUGUAUACGGCGAUGGUAUUCUUCACUGGCAUUGUUCCUGUAUAUGGCGAUGGUAUUCUUCACUGGCAUUGUUCCUGUAUACGGCGAUGGUAUUCUUCACUGGCAUUGUUCCUGUAUAUGGCGAUGGUAUUCUUCACUGGCAUUGUUCCUGUAUAUGGCGAUGGUAUUCUUCACUGGCAUUGUUCCUGUAUAUGGCGAUGAUAUUCUUCACUGGCAUUGUUCCUGUAUAAGGCAAUGGUAUUCUUCACUGCCAUUGUUCCUGUAUACGGCGAUGGUAUUCUUCACUGGCAUUGUUCCUGUAUACAGCAAUGUUAUUCUUCACUGCUAUUGUUCCUGUAUACGGCGAUGGCAUUCUGCACUGGCAUUGUUCCUGUAUACGGCGAUGGUAUUCUUCACUGGCAUUGUUCCUGUAUACGGCGAUGGUAUUCUUCACUGA